UGAUUUUGACUUGCAACGCUAACCUAAAAUACGUUCGUGUUCUCAAAUUGUUGUACGCGUUACAACAAUAUUAGUUACAUUUCUGGAAAAUGACAGAGAAAACAAAGACAAUGAGUCACGUGAAACAUAUUCCAAAGGACGCUCAAGUUAUAAUGUCAAUAAUGAAGGAUAUGGGAAUUGCGGAUUAUGAACCAAAGGUUAUAAAUCAGCUACUUGAAUUUACGUAUCGUUAUGUUACCUGUAUAUUAGACGACAGUAGAAUUUACGCUAAUCAUGCGAAAAAGAAAUUCAUCGAUUUGGAUGAUGUUAGAUUGGCAGUCAAGAUGCAGUUGGAACGUACUUUUACGAAUCCACCGCCGCGAGAUGUUCUAUUAGACGUUGCUCGGACAAAAAAUAAUAUACCACUUCCAUUUGUUAAACCAAGCAAUGGCUUGAGGUUACCACCUGACCGAUAUUGCUUAAAUGCUACAAAUUACAAGCUUAAAAAUGCAACGAAAAAACUACUUGGAAAACAACUACACUCGUUAGUUGGAAAUAAUAUUCAAGGUGGUCAAUCUAAGCUAAAAGUAGAAGGGAACAAAACUGGUCUUUCCAUUGUUAAACGACCAGGAACACUUGCAACAGUUGCUAGAACACAAACUAUUUCAAUACCAAAGCCUGUGUUGAAAUUUUCAACAGCUGCCUCGGGAACAGCUACGGUAAAGGCACAAGUAACUAAGCCAAAAAUACAAAUCACAUCGGGCCAAACAAUGCCUCCUAUCAAAGCAGAAGAAGAAUCUAUGAAAAGGAAGAGAGAAGACGAUGAUUACGACGUACCAUAAUAAUAAACAAUAAAUGCUCAAGAUGUUUUCAUUCUAUAUUUUAUGUUUUUAUUCGUUGAAACAGUGUUCUAUCGUGCACUGCCGCUGCUACUUUGAUCUAUACCGUACGACAUACAUCCAAUAAUUUUAAACGUGCAUACCUUCCUACUAUUAAUGCCACAUUUUAAAUGAAAUUAUAUAUUUUUGAUUAAGAAAAGUAAUAUAUAUAGUCUAUCUAAUG